AGUCCUCAGAUGACUGGGACUAAACAGGACUGAUGCAGGGCUAAACCAGGACUGGACUAAGACUAAACCAGGACUCAAAUUAAAAUAAAUCAAAGAUAGAAAAAAAGACUUCAACUAAAACUAAACCAGGACUAAAAUCACGACUAAAACAAGGACUAAAAAAGGACUAUAAAAGGACUAAAUCAGGACUAAAACAAGGCAAAGUUAGAGUUAAAUUAGAAGAAAACAGUUAGUUAAAUUAAAGAAAAAUAGGACUAAAAAAACUAAACUAGCUUAUCCAGGUGUAAACCAGGUUUUAACCAAGACUAAGCCAGAACUAAACCAAGACUUAACCAGGACUUAACUAUGACUUAACCUGGAUUAAGCCAAGACUUAACCAGGGCUAAACCAGGAUUUAACCUGGGCUACACCAGGACUAAACCAGGACUAAACCAAAUUUAACCAGGAUUUAAUCCAAACUAAAUCCAGACUAAACUCAAACUAAACCAGGAUUUACUUCCACACACGGCUCAAGCAUGACUCGCGUAGCUUUCAUCUGUUUAUGGCUGUGUCUUCUCCAUGGAGCUGAGCCGAAGCCAAACUGCAGACCACACCAGGCAUCGUUCUGCGGGGGAAUGGGGUACUCAACUAGUAGCAGCCCCAGCGGAGUGACUGGGUACACAUUGAGGGACAUCGGACAGAUCGUGGAGACUGCGUGCUCACCCGACGUAGCCACGCUUAUGUGCAGGGUGGUGGUGCCAGAGUGUGGGGCGGAGGAGGAUAGCCGUCUGAAGCCAUGUCGGGCUCUCUGUGAGAGGGUGAAGAGCGAAUGUGAGGCGCCACUGAAGGCAAAGCGCAUCUACUGGCCCAUCCGCCUUAGGUGUGACAGCCUGCCCCGGGACCACUGCGUACAGGGCUCGGGGGGCGGGCUCUCGCGUACAGGCCCUGCAGUUUGUGAGCCAAUCAGCAUCGGCCUUUGCAACGACCUGGCCUAUAACCUCACAGUGAUGCCGAAUUUGCUGGGGCACGUGCACCAGGACGACGCUGGCUUGGAGAUGCAUCAAUUCCACCCUCUGGUGAAGGUUCAGUGCAGUCCUGCCUUAAAGGAGUUCCUCUGCUCCGUCUACGCCCCCGAGUGCAUCAUGGGGAGUGCUCGCGCCCCCUGCAGGCGAACGUGUGAGCGCUCGCGGGCUGGCUGCGAACCGCUCAUGAACAAGUUUGGCUUCACGUGGCCCGAGAGAUUGAACUGUGACAAGUUCAAGAACGACACCUGCAGGCUGGAGUUGCCCUCCUCCCUGGACCCGACUCCGCCCCCUCAGUGUGAGCCCAUCUCAGUGCCCAUGUGUUCGGAUUUGCCCUACACCCAGACGGUGUUGCCGAACCCCCUGGGCCUCCUCACGCAGCAGCAGAUCUCUGAGGAGCUAAGGAAGCACUUCGGGGCCCUGCUCACUGUCGAAUGUUCCCCCGCCCUUAAACCCUUCCUCUGCUCUGUCUAUACCCCUGAGUGCGUCCAGGGCAGAGCACGCCCCCCCUGCAGGACACUCUGUGAAGAGGCGCGCUUCGGCUGUGAACCGCUGCUCAAGAAGGUUGGGAUGAGUUGGCCCCAAUCGCUCACGUGUGAGGAAUACGACACAAAGUCCUGCUCCCAUUUUGGCGUGAGCAGCAGUGGGGGCAUGUGCCAGCCCAUCACCGUGCCCAUGUGCCAGGGCCUAUCCUACUCCCACACCCUGGUCCCAAACCUCCUGGGCCACAGCUCCCAGCGCCAGGCCGCCAUACAGAUGUCCUUCUUCAACUCCAUCGUCCAGACCUUCUGUACUGUGGACAUCCGCCUGUUUCUCUGCCUUGUGUACGCCCCCAAGUGUGUGCACGGGGAAGUGCAGCGCCCGUGCCGCUCCUUCUGCCUGAGGGCCAGAGAGGGCUGUGGCCGAAUGAUGCAGCAGCUCAACAUGAACUGGCCCAGUGAUCUGAACUGUGACGCCUUCCCCACAGAGAACUGCAUCACGGAGGACAGCGAUGCUGAGGCCAGCGCCAGACAGAUCCUGACACGGCUCAACACUGCAGGAUUCUCUGUCUACGGGAACAGUCUCACGCUAAGAACGGCUUUCCUCCUGCUCAGCCUCGCAGAUGCAGAUCGGUCUGGAGGCCUCAACUCGGUGGAGUACUUUAACAUGGAGCACUUUGUGGCCACUGUGAGGAGAGAGUAUGUGGAGCUCAACCAGGGACGCACUCCUCCUGCAGUCCCACAGGACCAGCUGCAGAAGGCGCUGUUCAGACGCUCUCUGAUUGGGAUGGACAAGAAGAUUUUGGAGCCGCUGUGGAGACUCUACAGGAACAGUCAAGGAAACAGCAUCGACUUUGACGAUUACGUGGCCGUGGUCACCAGGCUACAAGUCCUCAAAGAUCGCUUUGCGUCUCAUCUGCUGAACGUGCCGUGUGAAGAGUGUGCAGUGGCCAGCUUCUCGUACCUGCAGUUCAUUAACGCCGCCAUCCUCUGAACGGGAAAUGGGAUCAGCAGCAGACACAUCUUCAGAGUGACAUUUCUGUAACUUUACAAAUAUCACAAAUGUAUAUGACUAAAAACUAUUUUAAGUUUACAGGAUAUACAUAUAUAUUAUAUAUACUUAUAUAUUACAGGAGAUCUUUACUUGUGUUUUUAGUUCUUAAAGUCGAACUAAAUGCUAAACGUUGCUUCUUAACUGUGUAAAUGGUGUUUAAUGGCAUCUACUGUUCCUAGUCCUUUUUGGCUAUUUUAGUACAAGGUCAUUUUGCAACUAAGUGUGUGGUCUCCAGUGGCCACUGCAAUUUCAACUACUAUGUGACAUCACACAGGACUGCCCUGACUUCAGCCAGGUGUUUCUGAUCACAAACACCUGGCUGCAGUUUGAAGUGUGUGUAUACCUGUUGGACCAAUCACGCUGUUUCGAUAAAGGCCCCGCCCCUCUUCACUCUCCCCUUUACUCCUCCAGACCUCGCCCCUCCUCCUCCCCCCUCACUCUCCCCCUCAGUUUCCUCUUUAGUGCUCCAGACUUGUGUCAGACUUUUUGCUAAAAAGCUAUGUGUUACUUUUUAUUACUUUAUUUUUAAAAUGCUUUCUCUAUUACACUGUGUAACCAACUGCACAAUUAAAAAUAAAUGAAAUGAUAAACAUGGUGGUAAAUGGUU